AGAGGCGCCCGCGGUUGCUAUAAAGGCGGCCCCGCGCAUGCGCCCGCCCCUCGGUCAGGUGACGGGAAGCGGCGGCGGCGCUGAGGGGCGGCGAUGGAGCGCUACGACAGGGCGGCGCUCGGCGGCCUGCCCGCGCCCGAGCUGAGAAAUGAGGGUUCAUUAACAUCAACUUUAAGAACACUUCUGUUCUUCACAGCUCUAAUGAUCACAUUACCUGUUGGGCUGUAUUUUUCAUCAAAGGCUUAUAUAUUUGAAGGUACCUUAGGAAUGUCCAACAGAGACAGCUAUUUUUAUGCUGCCAUAGUUGCUGUAGUUACUGUUCAUGUGGUACUUGCUCUGUUUGUGUACGUAGCGUGGAACGAAGGUACUCGACAGUGGCGGGAAGGCAAACAGGACUGAAAAGAAAACCGUCGUCUGAUACCUACAGACUGUACAUACAAUUUUUGCGGGUUGAAUGAAAAACAUUCUUCAAAAUGUAUAAUACUUGUGUACAAAGAUGAGGCUAAUGUCUCGAUUCUGUUCAGUUACAGUAAGACUUGCGCUUGUCCUGGAUGUGUAGCAGUAUUUUGUCAGAUGCUGAUGGAAGUUGUACGUGGCUGUAGCCAGCUUCUGCUAGCAUGAGCCAAGGAGGUCUUUACCUGAAAUCAGAAUGAAGUAAUUACUUUAAAAAAAAAAAAAUCAUGUAACUAUUUUUGUCAUUCUCUAGUGUUUUUCUGGCCUUUUCUGAGAAUAAUAUUGGCAUGAAACAAGAGUUACAUUUUCAAGUAACUGAAUUGCUAGUUAAAAGGCAAUAUAUCUGACUUACUGUCCAAUUAAAUUCACGAUGGGAUUUCUUAGUUUCCCCACUUACGAGCAUACAGUCCAGCUGUGCAUUCUUUUGUGCUAAUUCCUCAGGUUUCUACAUGUGUGGUUGCUUUGUUGGCAGAGGUGGAAUAAAGGCGAUAACUGAAUUGGCAGCUGUUUGCAGUGCUGUACUGGGCAGAAUCUUUUUACCUUUAGGGACUGAAAGAUGUCAGAAAAAGCUGAAGAUGUUCUCUGAAAAACUCAUUAAGGAGCGACCUCUGAAGUCUGUUAAAGUAUUCUGACUUUCCUCUCACCACUAUACAGUGCUGCUUUCUGACAUCUGUAAUUCGCUUUGUUCAAAUUACAGAUAAUCAUGCAGGGUGAAUAGGUUAUUUAAAAAGUAACGCGUGGUUAAUGUGCUCAGUGACCCUAUAGUGCAGUUACAAUUUGAGUCAAAAUACUAGACAAGUUUUGUCUUCUAUUAGGGGAAAUUACGCCUCGAGGAAGGGAAAAAAAUAGUAUUUUUGAGUUUAGAAGUAAUUGCAACAAUAGAACUGGUUAGGAAUUCACAUGUUGUGUUCCUAAUUUGGAAUACUCACUUUUUCUCAUCUUCAAAUGUAACUUUUGAUUAUGGUGUAAAAUUUAAUGUCUUGAUUUCCUUUUGUAAUGUUUUGGGAGCAAUUGUCUUAGUGCAGCGCUCAUCUUUCCACUCUUCUACAGUUAAUUUUGAUGAAGCAAAAGAAAUGGCAUAAUAUAUUUUUAUGUCCUUACCCCUGUGUAUGUUCUUGAUAAUCGCUGAAGGAUGUGACUGGACUGCCUGUGGUGAAGGAACAGCAGUAACAGCUAUAACAGCCCACACGAAUGGGCAGUAGAGGAACAAGCAAGAUGUAAGGGCGAAAACAAGCUGUAGCCAUCUGCACAUGUCCUUUAUGAAGCAGAACACAAGUGAUCGCAUUAUGGCAAAUUUGUUUCUCUUCAUAAAUACAAACUUGUACAGGUUGAAUUGAUGCAAUAUGUUGAUCUUUUUUUUUCCCCUCAGUUGUGUGUGAAAACUUUUUGUAGUAAAACCAUGGUGAAAUUUGUGUUAUAGAAUAAUAAGUUGAAUUUCAUUUCUCUGUUGUGCUGUGCUAGCGAGCUCCAUGCUCUGCAGAUAAAAGGUUCCAGCAAUACGCAGAACUCUGCUAAUGCUAUCAGUUGCUUUUAAGCUAUUGUACUUGAGGUCUUUCUGUUAAUUUGAGUUUUCCAAUUCGUUGUAUUAGUUGAGCAUUUUUGGAAGUGUUUUGCUUAAUAGAGGACUUGGAAUGA